AGAGAAUGGACAACCAAAAUCAGCAGCUAAAAUCCGGAAACAACAGUUUAACGUGGAGGAAAUAGACGAAGAUUUACGGAAAAGAGUAAUUGCGACACUUUACGCGAACACAGUCAAAACUACUCCAAAUGAAGACGAAACAACAUGUUUUGCGCGUGCAAAAACUCUUGAAGAUACUAUAUAUAAGAUUACUUAG